AUGGCAUCUGAGAUAUUUGACUACGUGGUGUGCGGUGGCGGUACAUCUGGCUGCGUCAUUGCGGGCCGCUUGGCAGAGGACCUCAACGUCUCUGUCUGCGUGGUCGAGGCAGGUCCUGACAACGCAGAUUUGGACAACGUUCACAUGGUCGGCGGAUGGUCACAGAACUUUGACGGACCAACGGACUGGAACAUCGUCUCCGAGCCAUCACCUGGCCUCAAUGGACGGCAGAUCAAGAACAGCAGAGGCAGGUUUCUGGGCGGAUGUAGCGGUGUCAAUGGCACUCUUUGCAUCAGAGGCAACAAGCAGGACUACGAUGACUGGGGUCUGGAAGGUUGGUCUGGCGAAGACAUGUGGAAGUGCAUGGCCAAGGCGGAGACCUUCCACCCCAAGGAUGACUUUGAGGCAGAUUUGAGCGUCCAUGGAACAGAUGGGCCUCUGCACACGGAACCUCAUGACCUUGCUCCAAUCUCCAAGCUUCUCCUGGAUUCGUUCAACGACCAAGGAGUUCCUUAUACCCCAGAUCUGUUCUCUACAGGUGCCUCUCCCCAAGGAUGCAGCAACACAGUCCGUACAGUCCACCAGGGUAUUCGGACGACCGGAGCAGACUUCAUCACGAAGGGCUACAGACGGGAAAACAUUACCAUCAAGACCGAGAGCGUGGUUGACAAAGUCAUUCUCGAGCACGUGGAUGGAAAGCUUACAGCCACUGGCGUCAAGAUUGUGACGAAGGGCGGUGUGGAAACAACUGUCCGAGCGCGUAAAGAGAUAAUCUUGAGCUCGGGAGCUUAUUGCAGUCCGGCCAUCCUCCUACGUUCGGGAAUUGGCCCACAGUCUGAACUUUCCAAGCACGGCAUCCCGACUCAGGUUGAACUACCGGGGGUGGGCAAGAACCUCAUGGAUCACGCUAUUACCUUUGUCUUCUACGAGACCAAUAAGCCUGAACUCACCAAUGACCAUUUGGCCUACUACGAAGGCGCCCUCGCCUCCAGCUACCAGCUGUACAAAGACACCAAGAGCGGCUUCCUCUCCACCUUUCCCUUCGGCGCUUUCGGCUACGGUAGGCUCGACGACCGCUUCAAGGACCUCCCCGAGUGGAAGCAAGCCACCCCGCCGAAGGAUCCACAUGGUCAACCCUACGGUCCGGACCGCGACCCGAUGGGCCUUCUGCGCUCGCAGCCGAACGUCGAAUGGUUCAGCACAGAGUGCUACGGCGGGCCAAAGCAGUACGCGGACUUUCCUGUCGACGGCCAGGGCGUUUUCUCCUUGAUUAGCAUGCUGAUGUCGCCGCACUCACGCGGCUCCGUGACCUUGGCCAGCACAGACCCUACCGCCAACCCCGUCGUCGACCACAACUACUUCGCCGACCCACUGGACGUGCUCGUUAUGGCCGAGGCUUGCCGCUGGGGUAAUGAAAUUGUGACUAAGGGGGCGGGCACUAAAGACUACAUUAAGGGCUCGUGGCCACCUACCGAGAAGCACCAUGAAUACACGACGCUGGAGGAGUGGGCCGAUUUUGCGCGAAAAAAUGCGACGACAUGCUACCAUGCUGCAGGAACAUGCAAGAUGGGAAGAGAUGAUGACCCGAUGGCUGUGUUGGAUGCUCGACUUCGCGUGAGGGGCGUAAAGGGGCUGAGAGUUGCAGACUGCAGCGUCAUGCCACUCAUGAACCAAGGACAUACUCAGAUGCCUGCGUACGGUAUCGGCGAGAAGGCCGCAAUUCUUAUCAAGGAGGACGUGAAACAGGCUGAUGCUAGGAGACCUGAUUCCGCCUGGGCUGCUGCUUGA